CGACGUUUAGUUGUCUGGAGGUUGGCACCGCGAACGGAUCGAAAUGCAGGCUCUAACAUAUGUUUCGACUAUUUUGGUAGUCCUCUGCUGCUGUGGGAAUCCACUGGAGGUCGUGGCCGGUCGCCUGAGGAUGCCCAGUUUUCCAAAAGAACUCGAAAAGUUUAACUGCCGAAAUGAGAGCUUUGGAAUGCACUUUAACCUGACACGGCUUUCUGGCUACUGGUAUGAGGCCGGACGAGUGCCCAACGUGCAGGUUCUGGAGUGUCUGAAUGUCUCGGUUCCUGCUGAGAUCGAUAACAACACCCUAUCGCUGGAUUUGAACUUCAUUAACACGGUCAACAACGACUGGAGCUUCACCCAGGAAGCCGUCGAUUUUCCUUGGGACGACAAGACGCAGUCCGGAGUCUUUAAUCUCCAGUUCGAUACGGUCACUGUGACCUACAAGCUGGUAUUAACGGAUUACGAUAAUUUCGCCUUUAUCUGCGGCUACGGAAGCAUCUCGCCGGUUCCCCUCUUCAAGCUCUUCACUCGGACGCGGGAGAUAGACCAGACUAUGAUUGACUUUGUCCAGUCGUAUGCCGAGAAAUAUGGUGUGGGUUCCCAAAUCGCGUGGGAGAAACAGUCCCCGGAUCAGUGCAAUGGAUCCAGUAAUAGAACUCCCUUAACUGCUCUAUUAGGCUUCAUCACUUUGCUCUGGGCUCUCAGCAUGGGAUCUCAAAUCUGCACCUAGCAUUUGUUAUUUACUUAGUGACUAUUGAAAUUUUCGCUAUACGUAACUAUCAGUACAAAUUCUUAUCAAUGUUGUCUGUUUUUUGUUAUUUCAAA